AUGGCCCAAUCAAAUAAACACCAAUCCCAUUUUGCUUUCGAACAGGUGUUGAGUCAAAAUGCUUCUACGCCUACUAUUCCUCCCCUUCCUACGCAGUUUUCUCAAGUACGGAAGGACAUAAAACUUCCAAACACACCAAAGGCCUCCACUGCACGAGACGCCCCCAGGGAAGCCUUCACCAAAGGACCAGGAAGCUAUUCGGGAACCAACUCAAAGGCUCGUCGGAAUCUGCCACUGCCUAGAAAAGGGUCUCCUUGGGACACGUACAGGAAAGAGUUUAGUUGCGAUCUCGCAGGUGAUGCUGCUGUAGUCGUCCACCGAACAGACCCUUCCAAAGUACUAUUACUUAGGUCUUUUCCGGGAGAUAUUGCAGAAAAGGUGCUGCAGUGGUUAAAUCAGCUUCAACAUCCAAAUAUCAUGGGUGCCAAAAUGUGUUAUUCCGCGGAAAACUCAUUAUACGCUCUAUGUGAAGACCUCCCUCUAACUUUGGAGCAUCUUAUCGUUUGUGGUGCCCGUCUGACAGAGGUCCAGCUAAGUGCAAUUUUGAGCCAGAUUCUUGACGCUUUAUCGUACCUAGCAGCCGAGGGGUUCGAACACCGAUCGGUGAAGUCGUCGAAUGUUUUGAUGGGCCUCGAUGGUGUGGUUAAAAUAGGUUAUUUACAAGAUAUCCACAGCCAAAGUCAAACGCAAGACCAGACGAACACUCUGAAAGCCUUGGAAACAAUUACCAUGGAGCUGAUGGGUGGCACAGCGGGGAUGAAUGAUGUUAAACAGUGGCCACUGGAUUCUGACGCUGUCACAUUUCUGCUAGCAACUGCAUCUGUUGGUGGUUCUGUUGGUGAACUUAGAAAGCACCGUCUCAUAACAAAGUAUGCCGACUCGAAGGGCGAAUUGAUCGGAUUGGCUCGAUUCGCUUUGAUCUCAGCUCGAACAUUUUAUUCCUAUCCAUGA